GAUACUAGUGAGUAGUUGACGUCACCGGGUGCAAUAUGGGGUCCGUGCUGCGAGUGUAGCGUGACUUUGGUAAAGCGAGAGUAGACAAGUAGAUUUGUAGGAUUUUUUUUUUAAAGAAACUAAUUUGGACUUCGGGUGUUGAGUAUCUCAACCUGGAAAGGCGCGUACAUUUGUGUUAUUUAGACAUCUUGCCAUUUGGAGUUUGGAGCUCAACUCCGUAGCGUUAACGCUAGCCUCACCUUUGACAAAACCGCGGUAGAAACCCUGUGCGAGUCUAUACUGAAUUUUACGGUAAACACCAAGCUGAUCGGUGGGGGGGGGAUUACAGAACUGAGAUGGUCAUUGAUUUGUAUGGUGUAUUUGCUUUAAAAUCAGUUGUUAUAUUUGAACAAACGUGAAAGCAAGCAUUCUGUUUCUAGAGGGAUAAAUAGGUGCUCAUGUGUUGUAGUAAUUCGUAAGAAAGUUUGCGGGUAAACUUUCCUAACGCUGAUUACAUUCUAACGCCGUGGGUUACCGUAAAGCUUGGUGAACACGCGCACUUCCGCGGUUUUGACAGGAGCAUGCUUCUGCACUGAGCGUCCGCAAAGUACACAUUGUCAUGUGUCCGUCGGGGCUUUGAGGGUUUAUUGUAUUUUAGCAAUAUAUUUUUAUAUUCUACACAAUGUCAGGGUUAGGCUGGAACUUUGUUCAAUUUCGGACACUUUCCUUGUAGCCGAUGUGGUGUAGCAGCUGCAAGAUUUUGCUUCCGCACACUGUGUAAACCGCUCAGCGCCUUUUCUAACGACGUGUUAAGUUCAUUACGACUAGUAUUUUUUUGUUUGGUUUUGUUUUUCCUCUCUGUGUGCCAUAUUAAACAUGCUGCUGUCGUUGAUCGUACACACGUACUCUCUGCGCUACUGCAUCCCGGCCGCGGCGAUGCUCGGCACUGCGCCGGCGUACCUGCUCUCCUGGGGCGCAUGGCGAGCUCUGUCCACUGUCCUGCCGACCAGACUGUACCACAUCCUGGACGAUCACAUCUACACCGUGUACCAGAGCAUGGUAUUGUUCUUCUUCGAAAAUUACACCGGGGUUGAGAUUAUUAUUUAUGGAGACAUACCAAAGAGGAAAGAGAAUGUCAUCUAUCUCUCCAACCAUCAAUCCACAGCGGAUUGGAUCAUUGCUGAUAUGCUAGCAAUUCGCCAAAAUGCACUCGGCCAUGUAAGAUAUGUGUUAAAAGAUGGUCUGAAGUGGCUUCCAUUGUACGGCUGGUAUUUCUCUCAGCAUGGCGGUGUGUACGUCAAGCGGAGCGCCAAGUUUGAUGAAAAGGCCAUGAGAAGGAAACUCCGCACUCAGGUUGAUGUAGGAACACCAAUGUAUCUUGUCAUAUUCCCUGAGGGAACACGCUACAACCCUGAAUUUAAGGAAGUCAUCAAGGCCAGUCAGGCCUUUGCUGCGAAAGAAGGGCUUUCUGUACUGAAACACAUUCUGACGCCAAGAAUGAAGGCAUCACAUGUAGCAGUAGAGUCCAUGAAGGAGCACCUGGACGCUGUUUACGAUAUCACAGUGGCUUAUGAAGGAACACUGACUGCUGAUGGGAAAAGACGCUCUGCCCCCUCAAUGCCAGAGUUCCUUUGUAAAGAAUGCCCCAGAGUGCACAUCUACUUUGAGCGUGUGGACAUAAGGGAGAUUCCUGCAGAGCCAGUUUUCUUCCGCAGAUGGCUUCAUGAUAGAUUUGAGAUUAAGGAUAAGUUGCUGACGUCCUUCUACGAGUCUGAAGACCCCAACAAAAAAUGCAAGUUUCCAGGAGAAGGUCGAAGGUCACCGCUCAGCCUCAGAAAGACACUGCCGUCAUUGCUGGUGUUGAGCAGCCUCACUUUGCCAAUGCUGUUAACCGAGUCAGGUAGAAAACUCUAUGCGAAAACCUGGCUCUACGGGACGCUCCUGGGAUGGCUGUGGGUUCAUAUACGACCAUGAGGUAAAAGAAUCCACUGACAUCCUGCCAGCUCACAUCCACACGAGGAGACCGGUGCUGGUUAAAUUCUUGUGUUUUCAGCCAGCCGUGCUGUGACAUCUUUGGGAUAUUUUUUAAUCCCCCGUGUAUUAGGGCAAAGAGGUGUUUGCUGGAGGAUGACCACAUGUCGUCUCUUUAUUCAUUGCAUCUUUGGUUUUGAAAGCUUUUUUUGGUUUUACAAUCUUAGUGUAUUGUCUACAUUGGUUGUCUUGCUAUUCUGAGCUGGAAAUAAAAAGCAGAAUUUUAAAUGGGCUUGACAUGCUUAUACAUAUACAUGAUGAUUUUAUUGUGUUCAGCUUUCCACACAAGUACUCAUAUUAUUAAUGGCAUUUUUUUGGUUCUGAUCAUUUUUUUAAUUAACGCUUUUGUUAAAAUUACAUUCAUUUAUGAUUGUGUUGGUUGAAAUCAUGGAAUUUGUUUAUUUUUGCAUGAUAUUUUGGUUUGUUUACACAUCCAGUGUGCUUUAUUUCUUCGUUUUGAUUAGAAAUCGGUUUGUUUGGGCUUUUUUUUUUUUUUAUGAUACAAUUGAUUGUAUCAUACAAUAUUGCCAAACUUCAGGAUGCAGGAGCAAUAUAUUGUCACUAAAUACUUAUCUUUAUAUAUAUAUAAAUAUAAUAUGCAGUAAAAUGCAACAGAGGAGCAUUUCACUGUACUCUGCCUUUAACAUGCAAAAUGAACCCUGUUACCUCAGCCUUGGUUGUUCACAAAUCCAGUGUAAAUACCUGUAUAAGUUUUACAGAUUGCUUUAAAAUGUAUUAAUACCACAAUGGGUUCCAGUAUUAUGCAAUAUCGGGGUGAAAAACCCUCAAAAGACAAUUGACCGCUUACAUCUCAGCAUUUUACACUCAACACUUAUUCUGCUCAGAGUAGUCUCAUUUUAGAAGUCCAUGAAAAUACUAUUCUGAUGUGUGUAUCUGUUUAGGCAUGUGGUGACAUUUAAAUAAUGGGAAAUAAUAGAGGGGGGGGCACUGAAAGAACCUGUUCAUCUAUGUGUGUCCAAUCAGCCAAUCAUGUGGCAACAGUGCAAUGCAGAGAACCAUGAUAGAUUUUAUAUUCAUGUGCGUGUUAUGUCUUGUUACUGACUAAGCUGCUGUAACACAAGCAUUUCCCUCAUGGGAUCAGUAAAAUCUAUCUAUCUAUCUAUCUAUCUGUCUGUCUGUCUGCCUGCCUGCAGUUAUUGUUCACUUCUAUCUGUCUGUCUGUCUAUCUAUUUAUCUAUCUUUAGUUACUGUUCAUAUCUAUCUGCCUGCCUGCCUGUCAGUCAGUCAGUCAGUCAAGAGCUUCAGUUAUUGUUCACAUCCAACAUUUGAAUGGGGCAGAAAUCUCGGUGACUUUAACUGGACAAUGUCGUUUCAUCCUUCCAUCUUUGUAGACUCUAGGUUUGGCGUGUUGUGAGUUCUGAGAUGCUUUUCUAAUCGCCACAGUUGUGAAGACUUGUUAUUUGAGUUACUAUAGAUUUCCUAUCAGAUUGAACCAGCCUGUCCAUUGUCUGUCUCGACAAGCCAUUUCUACCCACAGAACUGCUGUUUUUUGUUUUGUUUUCGCACCAUUCUCUGAAAACUCUUUGUUCAAUGAGCUUGAAGCUUGAAAUCUGGCACUAACAUCUUGAUCUAUACAAUUGAUGCAUUGUGCUACUGCCACAUGCCACACUGGCUGAUUGCAUGAGUGAGCAGGAGAACAGGAGGUCUUAUUAAAGUGGUCACUUGGAAGAUGUCUUCAAGAAAACUACUGCCAAUUUUUUUUAAAAAAGAGAGGGAGAGCGAGUUUACUGGCCUGGCACCCUUUCACAACUGAUUUAAACCUAAUUAAGGCCAUGUCGGUUGUUCUCAAGCAUGAAAUUUAUGGAUUCUGUUGAACGAGGGCUGGAACGAAUGGUGACUAUACGAAACUAAAUGUUUUGAAAAGCUAAAAAAAAAAUAUAUAUAUAUUGCAUUUGAACCAAAUUCCUAAUAAUUGUGUACAUUGCUAUUUUAUAAAUUUUUGUCCAUAAUCAAGCCAAGAGGAAACCCAAUUAUUGUGUAUUGUGAACGUAGUGUAAUUUCCAUUCACUUAAUGACCAUACAUCGUUAUAUGUCUGUGGAAAAAAUGUUUUCGAUUGCCUUCCAUGAAUAAUUUGGUUCCAUGAAAGAUUUGCUCCGAUACAUAAACACGAGAAUAGAUGUGUGGUUCAAACACGAUUUCACCAAAACUCACAUCCUUCAAGAUUCCAUUAGUUUAUCCGUGAGUUUAGUCCACAUGUAGCUAUUUAUUCAUCUGUAUCGCAAAAUAAAGGAAAAAAGAUCUACCUCUAAAUGUCUAUCCACAGACUGUAUACAGUAAUAUUAUAUAAUAGUGUGCAGUAUGAAUGCUUCCUUCCUUCAUUUUAUGAAAUGAAUGAAUAAACCACAAGUCCAUAAAUAAAUAAACCAAGUCCUAAAACCUUUUAAAUUGACACCUAUAUUGUAAUGAAUUGUUGAUGGAUUUAAAAUGUCUUUUAAAUGGCUCUAAGGGGGGGGGACAGGACUAUAAUGUACCUGAUGAAAUGUUUGGGUGAUGAACCCCUUUAAUGUUUGAUGAUGUACUGAGUGAAGAUUGCAUUUGUGACCUGUUUUUAAUUUUUUUUGCAUAUGUAUUUGCCUUUUUUCUACCCUUUUGUUUCUUUUACAUUUGUUAAAUGUGCUUAUUUAUGAUUGACAAUGACUGUGUUAGGUGGGCUCAUGUGUUUGGGACUAUUUUUUAAUUUGGAUUUCCUAAAUAAUAUCACUGCAGCAAUUAGCAAUUUUUCUAUCAGCAGUGUUUCGACAUUUAUAUCCAACACAUCACUGGUACUUAAAUGACCGUAAUAAUCUCUCAGAAACUCAGAAAACACAGAAUUGUCAGUGUUGCUGAUGAUCUAAGUGCUGAUUGAAUGUACAGUGUAUGCUAAAAAUUGACUGGAAUUUCAUUCCUUAUUACAUAAAUAACAACAACAAACAAGAACAGGAAAACAAAUCAGGACAACAACAGGAAAAGUGUGAACGUAAGCCGGUGUGAGCAAAUGAGUCAGUUUAUGUGGAUAUUGUUAAAUGUUCCGAUGUUCCUGCAGAGGAUGAAACCUGUUGACGCUGUUUCAUUAGCAAGCACAGGGUCAUAUCGUCUCCUGAUAUGAUCCAGUAAAUCGCACAGAUUAUUUCCAGUAACAGUCAGGAAAGGACAAACGGAGAUGAGUUUGUCAGGAAGUUCCUUCUCGGUACCAUGUUUGCGUCCUCACUAUGACUUCACUGUAAAUUAUUUUACCAAAUAGGCACAAUGACGAACAAAACCUUCACUGUUCAAUCUCUGCCGCUGCUGCUAGGUCUGCAACUCUUGUUUUCUCUUCUUUUUUUUUUUUUUUUCCAUCAUUGUAACGUUGUCAUA